AUGUGGACCACUCCAGAGAACAGCUUGGGAGCAGAUUCCCCAACUUUCUCUGAGCUCAUGCCCGGUCGUCACUCAGAUUCUUCCAGAGACGUAUUCUCUAUAGCAGAGCGUCGUCAAAGAAACCCACCUUCUCCACUGCAACUCGCGACUGGCCGCCUCCAUGGGGUUGCAUCUCGAUCAACCGACCUAGAGGACAUCCCUGAUGCAGUCUCUCCCCUUGGGGAAGGCCGGUUCGAGCGUGCUUCAAUGUUCGAAGAUAACUCUUCUUCAGUCUACUCUGUUCAACCUACAGCUCGUCCCUCACCACUCCGUCUAAGCCACGUUCGGUCACACUCCAACGUGGACGAAACUGGAAAUAAAUCAUACAAGCAGUGGCUUCUGAGUCAGGAUCCGUCUAUAAUCAAAGAAUCCGAAGCCCAUACGGGGGGACUGGCCAAUAGACCUCGGCGCUCCAAGAGUUCAGCUGAUGGAUUGCGAAAGGCCCAUGCCAUGGAACUACACUCGCCGACAUCUCCUCAGAUCGUAACAGUGCACACGAACAACAAUCGUACUACCACUAACGACCAAAUUGUUCAGAACACACCUCUUUUCUCGCCGCUGCAAUUCUAUUUCAGAGGGACCGACUACCCCAGUGCAAAGAAGGGCGAAAAAACGAUGAUCGGUGAUAAUGGGUGGUUAGAGCGUACGGACCGGGGCGUCGUUGAGCACGUCGCAAAAGCUCCUCACAAGAAAACUGGAAUUUUGGACAGUAUCAAGAAGAUGGCCAAAGAUGUGGCAGAGAUUCACACUUCUCGACGAGCUCAGCCUGUUGUUCGUCCUCGUCCAGCAUCUCAUAUUACCAUUUCGCUGAACGCAAGAGAGCAAAGUCUCCUCUACUGCGAACUCGAAUUCAACCUGAGCACAGCGUUGAACGACUACAUCGCGGUGCAGUUGGACAAGGGUCGUCUUGUGCCAGACAAACUCAAGAAGGUGGCAGAUGUGUGGCAGAGCAAGGGUCGUCCCAAGGUGGUUGGCUUUCGAUACGACCUGGAGACGCAGCUCGAGCUAGUCAACCUGCAUAUAGACGACUUCCGCUUCUACGGCCGCCGACAAGCUGAUCCUGCCGAAAUUGGCGGACUUCUGCAUGCUAUGAAGGUCAAUGCUAGAGCCAUGGGUGUUCGAACUCUCUGCCAGCCAGACUCGGUGAUUGCGAAGCAGUUAGUUGAUGCGCAGUCAACUUUCAAGAUGCUUGGUGUUCCCGAUGAGCAGCAGGUUGCUCUUGCCGAGAUUGCUCAAUUUUUCAAAGUGAUUGUCGAGAGGGAACUGGACAGUCGAGAACAGCGAAACCAUAACGUUGGGCAUGGAAAGCAGUCCCAUAGGGAGCGACAAUGGACGGUCCAGGGGGAAAGGUGUUAA